UGCGCACUGCAUCCAGCGCGCUCCCUCCCUCGCGCGCGCUCCCCGGGGAAGAGUGGGGGCGGCGUAGGAGGCUAGAGGAGAGCAUGAAGCCGAGGAGGAAGGAGCGCCGCCAGCGCGCAGGCCCAGAAGCGCCCGAGCCCCGGCUGCCGGCGACGCCCCAGAGCGGAAGAGGGAAGUGAAGGCGCCAGGCUGCGGGUUCCUGGUGGGUGGGCUCCGCUUACCGAGAUAGAGGCAGCACCAAGAAGGGGCUUAGCCACCGGUCCGGAUCAGGGAUGUCGAAGAACACGGUGUCGUCGGCCCGGUUCCGGAAGGUGGACGUGGAUGAGUACGAUGAGAACAAGUUCGUGGACGAGGAAGACGGGGGCGACGGGCAGGCCGGGCCCGACGAAGGCGAGGUGGACUCCUGCCUGCGGCAAUAUCCUUGCGUUUGCCGGCCUCCGUACCCCCACCGCGCCCCUCUCCCCGGACCCCGCCGCCAGCGGGGUCUGCGAAGCCGGGCCGCUCCCGGGGCGCGGAGCUCACGUGUCUCUUUGGGCUCCCCCACUCCGAGAGGGCAGGGGACGCUCCCAUUUCUAACCGCGUCGCCCCGGCCCCCCAGGGUCCCGCCUGGGAAACUUGCCCUUCCCCGCGCGCCUUCCCUGCCGGGAUUCCUCAGGUUGCGGCCGGAGUUGCCGCCUCCCGGGAAGUGGCGGGGCGGCCGCACCCUCACAGCGCGGGGGAGGCAGCUGGUGCUGCUCUGUGGCCCUCCGGGGGCGCCUCAGGUGUCCUCCCCGGGACGCGGCGUGCCGGGGCCACAUCGGCUCCAGAAAUUUCUGAUUGGGAGGAGCGGACUGAUUGCGGUGGUUUGGUUUGGGCAGCUUUAGGGGAGUUUAUUCCUUGCCGGCAGGGAUGGGGCGAUUUGCAGAAUUGAGGCCCUCUGUCCUUUUAGCCAGUGGGCUUUUUUUUUUUUUUUUU